AUGUAUCUCUCGCUUGCUCUCCCUGCUCUUCUCGCCGCGCGUUUUGCGGCGGCAAUCGACUUUACCGAUUAUGACCCCCAGCCUGGCGUUCAGCCCGAGUUCAAGGAUUUCCUCAAUGCCCUGGUCACGCCGGCAGAGGACCCGACCGCCACGACGGCGUACACAGACUUCUUCACCCCUGAUGGCAUGCAGACAACGUUGAGCAUCCACUGCGUUGGCGCCGCAGCCAUCACCAAGUGCAAGCAGCGCUUCCUGCCGACUGACGGCAGCAUGUCACUGACGCACUUCCCUAACACCACUUUCAUCGCGGACAACAACGCUACUGCGACCGUCUACGAGGCUCAUGGCCGGAUUGAAAAUAACUUCAAGGCGGGUAACUGCUCGCAAAUCUACUAUAAGACGCAGUACACCGUUCUCAAGACCAUCAAGUCGGUGGACGCAGCGCCGAAUCUGUCGACUAAGGCUGAACACCAGGUGUACUGGUACCAUGACUACUGUGUUAACCCUACGGGGGUGCCUUCGGAUAUUCCGUGCGACAGCCUUAAGGCGUAG